UGAGAGGAGGAGGCGAGUGCAGGCUGGUUUAUUGUGCUGUAACCAAAGCAUAGACACAGCAGCACUCAGAGCUGGGAACAUGCAGUCUACAGGAGGCUGAGUGGGGCUUCCAUAACUGAGGGGAGGAUUCUGACAGUGGAGAGGACAAUUCUAUAACAGUAGAGUGAAGGAUUCCACAACACUGGAGUGAAAGAUUCUAUAACAGUAGAGUGGAGCCUUCUAUGACAGUGGAGAGGACGCUUCCAUGAUAUUGGAGUGGAGGCUCCUGUGUGAGCUGCCUGGCUGGUUGGAAUAACCUUUCUCCUGCAUGGUAGACUUUGAAGUAGCAGAAGCAUGAAUUCGUCGGAAGAUUCGCCAAACUCAACCUACAAAUGUGUAUUCGAUGAAGACUUUAAAUACAUUCUCUUACCUGUGUCAUAUGGUAUAGUUUUUGGCGUGGGACUGAUCCUCAAUGUUACAGCACUUUACAUAUUUUUAUUCCGGAUAAAACCAUGGAGCGCCAUAACAACAUACAUGUUCAACUUGGCCGUAUCAGAUAUGCUCUACGUUGUAUCCCUGCCAUUACUUGUAUAUUAUUAUUCUCAAGGUGACAACUGGCCGUUCGGUGUGGCCUUGUGCAAAAUAGUCAAAUGCCUCUUCUAUACCAACAUGUACUGUAGCAUCUUCUUCCUUCUCUGUAUCAGCAUCCACCGCUUUCUCGGAAUUUGUUAUCCAAUGAGGUCGCUUGGUUUGCUGAAGGUGCGCAACGCACGGAUCACAUCUGUUGUCGUAUGGCUAAUUGUCAUUGCUUUUCAGUCUCCAAUAUUGUAUUUUGUGACUACCAGUAGCAAUGGCGACAACACCAUCUGCCAUGACACUUCAAGUUCAGACCUGUUUGAUACAUUCGUGACGUACAGUACGGUCAACCUUGCUUUGCUCUUUUGCGUUCCAUUUGUUACGAUCUUGGUGUGUUAUAGCUUAAUGACCAGAGCUCUUAUGAAGCCGUCAGCAGCCAGUUCUCAGACUUCAAACACCAAGAAAAAAUCUAUCAAAAUGAUUAUUAUUGUGCUCAUCGUCUUUAGCGUGUGUUUCUUACCUUUCCACGUUAACCGGACUCUUUACUAUUACUUUCGAAAGUUGGAUCUUGACUGUGAUGUCUUAAAUGCUAUCAACAUGGCCUACAAAGUGACUAGACCUCUGGCCUGUGCCAACAGCUGUAUCGAUCCGAUAUUGUACUUUCUUUCUGGUCAAAAUGUUCGAAGGAAUAUUAUGGGCAGGAGUGGAAUGACUAAAAUUAAGAGCAAAAUUUCAACAUAUGUGCGAGAAACGAACUGGUCUACAAUAAAUGGUGCAAACAAUACGGACAGCACACCAAGCCCAAGCCCAACAGUAAUCACCAGGAUGUGAAUAAUUUAUUUUGCAGCUGUGUAAAUUAUACCAACUACUGAAAAAGAUGACGAGUUAUGUCUUUUAACGGGACAUCUACCAAUUUUUACACAGAUGGCAACAAUGGAAACGAACUGUUGAGACCAGUGAGAUCUGCUUGUAGCCUCAUUCAUCUUAAAAUUGCAAAAUAUAUGAAGACAGUUUUAUAUCCUCUGCAAAUACACAAUAAUAUAAUACUUGUAAGAGGGGGCCCUCACUUAAAAUCUGUAAUUAUACAGAGGUGCUCGAAUACCUAAGUGACAAAAAUGAAGUUAAAAUAUAUUAUGAGCCAAUACAUUGUUUAUUAAAACUAUACAUUUCGUCUACUAUCUGCACUUUUUAUGAAUGUUACAUAUUGAAUGCAAAUACCCUAAAAAAUAAAUUAGAAUUUCAAGGCAUGCUAAAAUCUCAUAACUGAAUUACAGGUGGUAUUAAAGGCGUAGCCCUUAGAGAUACUCACUGCAAGUCUCGUUGUUUUGCAAAUAACGCUGGCUUGAGAUUUCUGAAUGAAUGGAGCAAGGAUAGACUAAUCACUGACGUAGAGGUUCUACAUGUCCGCAAGGCUCAAACUUGUUCAGGCGUCCUAUCAUGCCCUUUCAUGUAUAAUAAUUUGAUUGUAAGUUUUUUGCACUUGUAUGGACGGUCACCAUCGAGUUACAUUUCAGAUUCAUUUUGGAAUGUAAAACAUUUGCGGAAUUAUCUAAAUUGAAGACUUAACUAUUUGUUGAGUUUCCAUGCUUUUUUUAUAGAAUAUUUUUCAUAAAGUAAGAAACGGCGGAUAUUUUUUUAACACGUGUUUAAUGUGAGGAACAUGACAUGUUGAGGUUUACAUUUGUUUAACUGUAAAUUUAAAGUCUGAUUUUAUAGAUCUUUUUGAUUUUAUAGAUUUCAGUGUUGAGCAAAUCUAAGACCAGAGAAAAGGGCAAAUGUAUACCCUUUUCUGUUAUUUAAUAAUUGAAUUAAUUUUGGCUUUUCUAGACAUGACAGCACAGAGCUUAAAUGUUCCAGUUAUGAUUUAUAUAAAAUUGUCCUGCAGUUUUGACCACCUACCUCAAGUGGAGUAGUAUUCAUGGCGGACUCACUCCUUUAAACAAAGCAAUUGUAAAAUAUAG